CUGGGAGACCUUUGCCUGUCUUCAUUAUGUUUCUGUUGAACUGUUUUAAGAUGUCUCUUCACAAGAAUGCCUUUCUGAUUGUGUCCUUGAAAAGCCGCCUUGUAACGUUUUCUUCUGUUGUGUUAUUUCAGCAUCUGCUUUGUGAUCUACAGCUUUUAGGGUGAAAUCCUCUUCUCUUUCCAGGCACAAAAGAAAGGAAAGCCUCACGUUUUGUUUCCUUGGAAGGCAGAAGAACUGGAAUAAUCUCUGUGUGCAAAUUCCCAGAGCUUUCAUGCUUUUCCCCGAGUUGCACUUGCAAGCAGAGAAGGAAGGUGUAUGUACACACACACACUAGUUACUACAUAAAUCACUGUUGUAGGGUUCUGCUGAAACAGGCAGAGAUAGGAGCCUUUUACCAUGCACCUGAUAGGUGUGUGCUGGCAUGACAUUUUUUGUUUCCUUUUUUUUUCCUCUUCCUCCAGACAACCUACUACUACCUAGGUUUAUAAUGAACAGGAACAGAAACUCAGACCCACUUAAAGUGACUCUCUCUCCUGUGUGGAUGUUACAAAUCAGACCUGCCUACAGUCCCAAAUAAAUAGGGCUUUUUUUUUAAACUGCAGGCUUUAUGUCUUUGGCAAGUACGUGCCCAUGCAUGGCACUAUGUGGGUAGGUGAGUGCAUGGGCUGUCCUUGCUGCUACGGUAGCAAGGUACCUGGAGGCAAAUUUCUCAAAACUAUUUAUUUAAGCUGUACUAGUGUUUACCGGUUUUGAGAUUCAGUGGUCACAAGCCACCCCGCUUCAGAUGAAGAGCUGCACUCCCAGAUGCUCUCCCCCAGAAAUAAAACUGCAAAACAGCUGGCUGUGGAAGUUAAACCUUUCGCAGCAUCUGCACCGUCCAAAGAGAAUCCUUCUGACCAGCAGCAGAAGUGGCUUUUGCUGUGCUGUGUUUUUGUUAAUCAUCUGGAGACCUGCGAUGGUAUUGUUACACUCUUUGAAGGACUUACAAGACUGGGAUUAACUGCAUCUCCUGGAUCUGAAAGGCAGAAAGGCACAGAGGUUUGAUAGCUACACUGGAUCUUUGCGGUCUCCUCUAAAUUGCAACACUGAAAACAAUGGCAACUGAAUGUAUAAAAAACUGCUGUAAAUGGUGUUUCUGCAUGGAAAAAGAAAAAAGUGAUCCAGUUUCCAUGGUGCAGGAAUCUGAAGCAGUAGCUGCAAGCAAGCCAACUAUUGCAGAGAAGCCUCCAUUGUCUUCAGUGUCAGUGAAGCGUCAAGUUGGCUGUUCAGAGGAUUAUUUGCUUUCUAAACUGCCCCUGGAUGGUCAGGAGGUACCAUUUGUGGUCCCUCCAUUCAAAUUGGCUUAUGUACAGCCAAAGAACCUUCCUAGUAUCUCACAUGCUGGAGGGAUUCAAGAAUCUACCAGAGCCUCAUUUGGUGACCGGAAAGCAGAACUGCACAGCGUGUACCAAUGGCCCCACUGUGACGUCUACAACCCAUUCUAUUUGGAGCAUCGGGUUUCGCCAGAUCUGAUUAGGCGCUUCCCAGCAAAAUCAGAUAAUAGGAAAUUAUAUGGAUCAGUUAGUGAUCUAAGACCUAGUGCUUUGCCUGGAUCACUUGAUGUAAGCCAUUCAAUGUUUGAUCUCAGAAGCCCACCUCAUCGAUUCAUGAAGAGAUACGAUUCAUUGUCCAGUGUACCUAGCAGUACCUCUUCCAGGAAGGAUUCGCAAGGCAGUAACAGGAGUCUGGAUACUAUUACAUUAUCAGGUGACGAACGAGACUUUGGAAGACUGAAUGUGAAGUUGUGUUAUGUUUCUUCUGUAGAACAGAUUUGGAUCACAGUUUUACAUUGCAAAGACCUGAGCUGGCCUUCUAGCUGUGGGGAGAAUCCUCGUAUCUGCGUCAAGGGAAUUCUCACACUGCCCAAACCAGUGCAUUUCAAAUCUUCUGCCAAGGAAGGCUGCAACGAUAUUGAAUUUAUGGAAACUUUUGUAUUUGCUAUUAAACUGCAAAGCCUGCAGGCUGUCAGAUUGGUAUUUAAAAUCCAGAUACAGACUCCCAGGAAAAAAACGAUUGGAGGGUGCUCCUUGGCACUACGGGACCUCAGCUCGGAGGAGUCAAGUCAUUGGCUGGAUAUAUCUCCUCCUUCCAAAGCACCUGUGUGCCGUGCAGAACUUCAAGUAGGAACUUGUUUUCAAGCAAUAAACAGGAGGAUACAGGUACAGAUACUUGAAGCACAAAAUCUUCCAGUUCCAUCUACACCACUGUCUUCAAAUUUCUUUGUGAAAGUUGGGAUGUUUACUACAGAAGGGAUGAUCUAUAAGAAGAAGACUCGUCUUCUGAAGUCCACUAAUGGCCAAGUGAAGUGGGGAGAAAUGAUGAUUUUUCCAGUCAGCCAAGCUGAACAAGGAACUGGCUUUCUCAUCAAGCUCUACAGCAGAAGCUCAGUGAGAAGAAAACACUUCCUGGGACAGGUCUGGAUAAGUUCUGACAGCAGUAACAGUGAAGCAGUAGAGCAAUGGAAAGAUACUAUUGCCAACCCUGAAAAAGUUGUUGUUAAAUGGUACAGCAUUGGUCCAUCUUGAAGACUGGAGAUGAAACUUGGGACUGAUUUUUCUACAAAGAUAUCCCUAUGCUGUUUAUAAUAGUAUAAAUUAAAGAAAUUAAUUGUCUACACAAGUUCUUCAGAAGUUCUCCACUGCAUCACACCUCCAUGGUAACGGAAAAUUCAGUUUCACCAAGAGAAAUACUGGCUAAAUAUUAUUAUGAGGAAGACUUAGGAUCUGAGGGAAUUGCUCAUUUGAUUUUUAAAAAUCCACCUUGAAAAAGGUAUUUUUGCCCCUUUCAGGCUCCAUAAGAGCACAGAAGUCCAGUCUUGGCGAGAAGCAGCUUGAAUCAGCAUCUUCUUCACUAGACACUGACAUCAUCCUCAUCUACAGUCCUGUCUUUGGCAGACUCCAAAGUCCGUGGGAAUCAGUCUGGUCAGUGGCUUGAUCCUAGGUACCUCUGAGCCUCUGGGACUGCACCUGUGUUGACACCACUUGAUCAGAGUAAUGUGCCUGAGCCAGUGGGAAAGCUGUGGCAGUAGAAGGCUUAAAGGGAACUAUUCAAUAAGGCAGUACCCAGAGACUUCUCUAACCUCUGUCUUUGAUGAAGGCAGUACCCUGACAUGCCAAUAGCUUGGGUUCUCCCUCAUCCUUCCUUCUAAACAGACAGAUUGAAAGAUAAAGCGUUGCUCUGACUAACUGUGAUCUUUUCAAGUGGGGCCCUCCAGACAUGCUCUGUUUGGGUCAAUUCCGGUUGAGAUCAAUGGAAUAAUACAAAGAGGCAAAGGCCCUGCCUGGGAUCAGGGCCAAUAUUUUUAGAUAAAUUACUUUCUUAUAUAGAAUUCUUAUAUGUAAACCACUUCCUAUAUAAUCAACAAUGUUCUAGCGUUUGCUUACAUUGCUAAAACCCAGACUCACAUGUACAAAGGAGUAAGCAUAUAUUUACUGACGUAAGUGCCUUUUGAUAUUAAUUAAAAUGCAGCACAGUAAGGGACUCAGACUUUGUUUAAAAGAUGGGCUACUGCUGCAGAAGUACUUGUUACAUCUGUCUAGGAUGCUGAAAAAUUAUGUGUGAGAGUAUAUUUUUGUUACUUGUUCCUAGCAAGAAGAAAUCACCAUUUUGCAAAUUAUAUUUUUCCUACAAAAUCCUAAGAUUAUUUUUUCUAUUAGUCCCCAUUUUUCAGGAGUUUAUUCAGAGUUAUUUUUAAGGCAGGAAAAUGCCAUGUAUAUAACUGAUAAUAUAUACAUCUAAAAGCACAGACCUCUUUGCACUACUUUAACUACUGGAUUUAAAAAAUAUAUAUGUUCUGUUAAAUCCACAUUUAUGGUUGGCUGUCUGGACUGUACAAAUAUGUAUGUUUGUAUAGAUGCUGAAUAAUUGUAUCUUUUUUAUACCUUGGAUCCCAUUCAAACAUCUGACAUGAACGGGAGUGGCAGUGAGAGCUCUCGCUGCUGGAAGGCCAAGAGUGGGGAGCAGAGGAGACACUGUAACAGGAAGGCAUGUUGUAUUUAAGCAUAGAGCUCUGAGCAUCUUUAUUUUAACUUCUUUGACUUUGAGUAAAGGUCAAGAAAAAAUGGAA